CAGCCAACACUAGGCAUCUUCUAGAGUGUCCCAAAGACCGUUUGUUCGAGAGACCGAUUCCUUCGUUCCUUCCUUUCCGUUCGCUUUGCGCAACAGCACACCAGAGAAAGCCCGAGGGAACACAACUGUCGCAACCAGUAGAGACCGACGCGCCACCCAUCCGAUACGAUACCAGUACCUGUUCCGUUCGUGUUUUGCGUUGCGUUCUCCUCCCCGUAAGCUACAACAUCGAUGGUCCGAUAAGAACGAAACAAAGCUAUACAACAAAUAUAUACGUACUAUAUACGUACUAUAUACGUACAACGCGAGAAGGAUGCGGAGACGAAUAGAACGACGAAAGGGCAGGACGGUCUCCCACCCGACGGGGGUGAACAUUCGCCUCGUGCUGAUCGGGGGGGCCCUCUUCCUGGCGAUGGCCUCGACGACGCGAAGGAUCGCCACGGACGCCUUUCCGAUCCGGGAGCCCCUGAGGUGGUCUUCGUGUUUUUCUUCGUCUUCUUGUUUUUCUUCGUCGCCGACCCCUGGCACCCAGCGGAGGAAGCUUCACCCCAAGCGGACCCGCGCGAGGAAGGGCUUUUGCGCGGGCCUGGCAAUGGCGACCGGGGAAGACGAGGCCGGGACGGCCCUGGGAAACCGCAACCUCAAGUCCACCAUCGCGGCCUCGAUCGACUCCGCCGGCAUGGCCUCGACGGACCCCGAGUACCAGAAAUACAAGGAGAGCAUCCGCUCGGUGGAGGAAGAAGAGGACGAGGUCUUUUUCAGGAACUUUGAGCGAAAGCGAAAGCGAAACGGCGGGGACUCCCCGCUCCUGGAAACCGAUUCCCUGGAAACCGAUUCCCUGGGGGCGGCUUCCGCACCGGCGGCGGCGAAGGAACCCACCGUUGCCAACCGGGAAAGGGACCGGCAGGCCCCGAAACAGAAACCAAAACAAAAAGCAAAAGCAAAACAGCCGCAGGCGGUUCGACCCGCCGUCGCCGACACGCCAAUCCACAUGAGGCCCCUGGACGGCUUCAACGUGGUCCUGACCCACUGCACGGCCGACUUUGAUUCCCUGGCCAGCGCCGUGGGACUCGCCAAGCUGUGGACCAACACGAACCGACCGGACGGGGACGAAACCGACGACGACGAAAGCAGCGACAGCGACACCUACGACAGCUCCCUGGACAACUACCCGACCUUUGUGGUCCUCCCCCGGGGUGCCCACCCCGCCGUCCAGCGGUUCCUGGCCCUCCACAAGCACCUCUUUCCGAUCCGCUCCCUCAAGUCCCUCCCGAAGGACCUCUCCAAGCUCCACCGGCUGGCGCUGGUGGACGCCCAGCGGAAGGAGCGCAUCGGGCCCGCCGACGUCCUGCUGAAGCACGCCGACCGGGUCACCGUCGUGGACCACCACGUCGACCAGGACUCGGACAUUCCCGGCAUCACGGACUACGUGGUCGACCAGGUGGGCUCCGUCUCGACCCUCAUCGUCGAGCGCCUCAUGGAGCAGCAGGACAGGCAGCUGAGCCAGCAGCUCGAGUCCUCCUCCUCGCCCAUCACCACCCUCACCGAGGCGGAGGCCACGCUGCUGGCCCUCGGCAUACACGCCGACACGGGGAGCCUCUGCUUCGAUUCCACCACGCCGCGGGACGCCUCCGCCCUGGCCUGGGUCAUGGCCCAGGGGGCCAGCCAGAUCGCCAUUGCCGAGCACGCCCAGUCCUCCCUCAGCCCCGAGCAGCAAAAGGUCCUGACGCAGGCCCUGGUCAACACGAAUUCCACGGUCGCCCACGGGGUGACCAUCUCCACCGUUCUGCUGACGGCCGACGGCUUUAUCAACGGGCUGGCCGCCGUCACGCAGGACGCCCUGGACCUCAGCUCGUCGGACGUCUUCUUGCUGGGGGUCGUCUACGAACCCAAGUCGGGAGGCCGGAGCAAAAAGUCCAGGGAACCGGGAAAGAACGUCAAGUCCAAGCUGCUCAUGACGGCGGCCGCCAAGGCAAAAGCAAAGGCCAAGGCCGAGGAGGAAAAGAGGGCCAAAGAACUGGCCUCCUUUCCCAUGAAAUCCCUGUCCCCGUCCGGCAUGUACAAGUCGGAGCUCACCCUCGCGCUGGAGGAGAAGCGGGUAGCGGAAGAACGACUGCGGUCCUCCUUUGACGAAAAGGACCUGGACAAGGACGGCUUCAUCGACCAGAAAGAACUCUCGGCCGCCCUGGUGGCCUCCGGGAUCAUUGCCACGGAAAACACCGUCCUCGGUUUGAUGGAGUCCAUCGACACCAACAAGGACGGCGUGGUCGAUUUCGACGAGUUCAAGGCCUUUGCCAGCGCGGUCAAGAACUCUUCGCUGGCCCGGACCGGGGGAGGGGACCAGCAGCCAUUGGACUCGGGCAACUCCACGGCGCAGCCCCCAAACACGCCGCCGUCGCCCCCGAGCACCCUCAUCAUCAUCGGCCGGGCCAAGCCCGGCGUGAACAUGAAAUCGGUCAAGCUGGGCAAGCUCCUGGAAAACUACGGCGGCGGGGGCCACCCCAAGGCGGCCUCCGCCACGGUCCGCCUGAACGACGAAUCGGAGGCCGCGGGGAUCAUGUCGAAGCUCGUCGACGAGCUCAUCGAAACGAGCCUGCAGGAGCAAUCGACCGUGGGGGAUUUCAUGACCUCUCCCGUCCUGAGCGUCAAGUCGGACAUGUCGGAAAACCAGGUGGAAGACCUCUUCAACCGGUACGACGUCCGGGCCCUCCCGGUGGUGAACGAAGAAAACGAGGUCAUCGGCCUGGUCACCUACAAGGAAGUCGCCGCCGCCAAGCAGCGCAUGUGGAACAAGGAACAGAAGCGGCUGCGGCAGGAACGCCAGAGAAAGGAAAAGGAAGAAAAGAACAAGGCCAGCGGUGGAAGCGGCGGGGACGAAAGCCUGUCCCCGGAAGAAAAGGAGAACCAGCGGAAGCAGCAAAAGUUCAUGGAGGAACGCCGCCGCCGGGGUCCCACCGUCAAGGCCUGGAUGAAGCAGCACAUCAAGACGGUCGAGGCCAGCCUGACGAUGGCCGAGGUCGAAGCCAUCUUGCUGGAAAACGACGUGGGGUGCAUCCCGGUGGUGCAGGACGGAACGAAGCGGCUGGUGGGCAUGGUCACCCGGACCGACCUGUUGCGGCAGCACCGGUAUUAUCCCUCGCUGCACUACAACAACAAGGGGAUGAGCGAUUCGAUCGCCUCGCGGAAGCCCAUCAUCGCCCUGCGCAGGAAGCUCAAGCAGUUUGAUCUCGAUGAGUAGCCGAUUCUUUAAAAACAUAUAGAGUGCUAUUGCUUCUACUCUUACUAGUGUGCAAAAAUGUGCAGCCUCUGUCAUCGAAGGCUUGGUGACAAUGUUCGGACCCACCAACGAUGGUUUUUUCCGUCCCCGCUCUGUCGUAAUCAACAAAUGCACACAAUCUAUCGGUUGCCGUGCACAGAACAUGCCCAUCGUGCGACUUUGUAAGCGAAGAGAAAGCAACGGAUCGGUAUCAAGACGAAUGAAUCCACGUUACUUUUCGGAAUGAUACACGCUAGAACGCACGUUGUGGCGCGACACUUUUUCGUUUUUUGUUUUAGAGUAUCUUAUCUAUCAAUGGUUUGCAUCGCCUUGCAAUGCAUUCCAUUUUCUUUAUUGCUGCCUGCAAUGGACUCACUCGUAUCCGUUGAAUAUAGGAUGGAUUGAUUUAAAAAAACUCCUCGUUCCCUCUCUGUUUCCCUUCCAUUCCACAAGCAAAGGCUGCUUGAAGCGAAUGGAAGAGAAUUCACUUUUCCGUCCGCGGUAGAGCAGUUUUACAUGAUGCAUGUACUAUGGUUGAAUUUGAUUGCGCCUAGAGUGUACAUUCCUAAUUGUUGUAAUCGCAUGUAUACUCUUGCUGUGACAGAAUAAGGGACGUGAUAAGACCGUACAGUCCAAUGUUGGAGGCAAAGACCUGGAUGAGAAUGGUUGCCACAAAGAGAUUAUCGUUUCCUGAAUUCGAUUGUCCGCCGGCGUCGCCCGAGAAUCCCAUCUUCUUCCAAGAUUCCGACAUCUGCGAUUGAGCACCGACGGCCCGCGUUCCGGCAUCGGCGGCGAUACCGAUUGCAAUUCCUGAAAUGAGAGACGUCAAACCGCAACACAGACCGGCGGCAAGAUGACAGAAAGCGUUGAAUUGGGAGUAAGUAGCGUAGCGAGUCCCCUGUCCCGGAGGAGUGAUUUUUCCAUUCAGAAUGACCGCAACAAUCAUUCCGUAAAUACCCAACACACCGGCCAUGACUACGGGAAUAAUGUUUUUCAUCAGAAGUUCCGGCGAUCGGAUUCCCAUAGACAUGAUUCCUUGACCUGCUCGCGCCGUUCCGUAAGCACCGCCGAUGUCUGUUAGUUUGAGCACGAUUCAGUGCAUUGGAUGAAGAGCGACAGAGAAAAGCGUUAGAGAAACGCAACGACAAGGCGUCGCAUAGACGAAGGAAUUCAGCCCGAGGAACCAAGUGAGCAUCCAGCCCGAUGAUAUCGGGAGCAGGCCCGAAAGAAAUCGCCGGAAAGAAACAAGGAUUCUCGAUUCCGAUUUCUGGUGCAUCGGCGCUUGCGAAGACUUACUGGCAAAUACAACGGCAGAGGCAAUUCCUACGAAACCAACCGUCGGGGCCCAUGACGGACACGAAUAACUCGCGUUGGCAUCGCUGACAUAGUAUUCUUCUAGAAUUCGUCGACUCGCUUCCAUUGUGUAUGUAUUGUAUUUUGUUGUAUCGUAAUGUGAAACGAAAAAUAAUAUUGUUGCGUUGGGAAAGAACAGAACAGAAUUCAACUAUCGGAAAGCAGCACGAAACACCUCUUUUGUCUCUUGUCGUUUAUUGUACAAAUAAAGGGAUGUUGUUACA